AUGAGUAAUUAAUCUUAAUGGAAUGGAGGCUCUAACCCAAAUGAGGCAGAGGGCACUGGUAAACUAGACAUUGAAGACUUGAAGUUCGUACUAAAGAGAAAGUACAGAAUAUUCUUAGAUUAGAUAUCAGCAUAUCCCAAGCAGAGAUGGGUCUUCCUAGUCGUAUUAGCCAUCCUCUACAUAUUGAGGAUAUACAUUAAUGAUGGGUAUGCACUCAUCACUUAUCUAUUGGGACUGUUCUACUUGAAUUAGUUUCUAUUGUAUUUAUCCCCAGCAGAGGACCCAGAGGACAUGGAGUUUGAAAAUGAUUCAGAGUUUAUCCUGCCUAUGAGGGAAAAUGAUGAAUACAAAGGUUUCGCCAGGAAAAUAUAUGAGUUUGAAUUAUGGAAACUACUAACGUAUGCAACAAUGAUGUGCUUUGUAAUGACAUUCUUUGAGUUCUUUGUGUUUCCAAUUUAUUGGCCACUAUUAGCAUCAUAUUUCGUGUUUAUGACUACUUUCUUAUGCAGGUACAAAAUAGAGCACAUGAUCAGAUAUAAAUACAUUCCUUUUGACUUCGGAAAAAAGCAAUAUGGAAAGACUAGAAUAAAGGCAAAGAAUUGA